AUGUCGGUGCCGUUUGAUAUGUUAUUGCAUCCGGAGCUUUUAAGUAAUGAGCAGUUAAUAAGAGUUAUCCAAGAGAGGCAUUUACGAGUGCCAAACAUGGGUCUUUUGCAAAGAGAUGAACUAUUGGAUAUAUUUCAUCACUAUUGCUUGCCUCACGGGCAAAGAAAAUACAGAGAUUCCGGUCGAGGUAAAAUACUAAACAAAUCGCGCCAACAGAGUCCUGAGCCGGUAAAAAAGUUAAAUAUCAUGAAUAAUCAAGAGGGUAAGGUUUACAAAGGUAACCCAGGCUGUGAUAGACUGAAACCACCGCCAGAUUGCCACUCUAGUCACACAAAGAGGAUUAGACUUGAAACUACAAUAUCACCCAUAACAAAUACAAGCUUCCCCAAUUGUAAUAAAAGGAAAAUAUGUGCUGAUUCCACAACUACAACAGACAGUCCGCCAUCAAAGAAAGAAAGGAAACCGAUAACAUAUCCAUAA